GCUGCCCGUUCAAUUUAUUCGGGACCGCAACCGACAACCCGCUGUUGACCGGGUGUCGACAACCCAUCUUAUAACCUUUAGAUAGAUUUUCAAUAGCAUGGAGUUUUUAAAAAUGAAGAAAUAACUGCGAGGGAAAGCGGUAGUUGCAACAUUAGUCUAAUGUUAAGAGCCUAUUGUUGGAACGACAGAAAUGUACAACUUCUGCUGUAACAGAACUGUUACUAUGGAUACUGUAAACAAACAGUGUCCGGCAGCAAGGCUGCUCUUAUGCCUUGGUCAUGUUCCGGAAAACAUUCUGGAGGCACACUGUGAGUGAUGUAGUUCACUUGCAUCAAGACCAGGCUCUGAGCACGACCAUAUUCAUACUGAAAGAGUUCGGGCCAACGGGGUUCCUCUUGAAGGAGGAAGGGGAAUCCAAGAAGUUCAAAGUGUGCUUAGGAAACCCUCAUACGUGCUCCUGCCUGACAUAUGUUAAAGAGAGAGACCUCUGCAAGCAUAUCUGCUGGGUUUUGAUAAGGAAAUUCAGACUGCCUAGAGACCAUGAGUACUGUCUCCAGCUGGGCCUGGUGGACCGGCAGAUCAGCGAGAUGCUGCAGGGGGUGCACUCACCUCGGUCGCCCCACUUGGAGGACCCCCCCACCCCUGUCCUGACUGAGGAGGAUGGCUGUGUGAAGCAGAAGGAGGUGGAGGCUGAAGACGUGUGUCCCAUCUGCCAGGAGGACCUGAUGGGGAAGAGGCUGCCUGUGACCUACUGCAGGUACGGGUGCGGUAACAACGUUCACAUCUCCUGCAUGAAGGUGUGGGCGGACCACCAGGCCCGGUCGGACCCGGACAUCAUGGUGAAGUGCCCGCUCUGCAGGGAGGCCUUUGAGCCCAUGAAGGUGCUGCUGGACCAGGUGAAAAACGCCGCCAGCCUGCUGACCACGGCCGAGCGGGAGCGGCAGGACAAGCACCUGGGCGUCCUGUGCAACGGCUGCAAGGCCUGCCCCGUCACCGGCAAGUGCUUCAAAUGUGUUGUCUGCAGUUACUACCAUCUGUGUGAAGCCUGUUUCCAGGACCACUGCCAUCCACAGCAUCCCUUCGCUUUCCGUGCAAAGCGGUCGCAGCGCUGGGUUUCUCUGAGGCAUUCAGCCCGGCAGAAGUCGGGCGACUUGCAGGAAUGGGACCCCCAGUCAACAGAAGACCAAGACAGCGUUGUGAGGAGUGAGAGGGUUCCGGAGCAGAUAGUGAAGAGCCUGCUGCCGGUGGAGGUCAGGCAGGGCUCCAAGCUGCUGAAGCCCGGCCAGCAGUGCCGGCUCUGCCUGAAGAGCUUCUGUCUGGGCCAGCAGGUCAAGCACCUGCCCUGCCACCACAAGUUCCAUGCAGAUUGCGCCGACGCCUGGCUCCUGCAGUCCAACUCCUGCCCGCUGGACAGACAGGUCAUCUACAACCCCCUGACCUGGCAGCGGUCAGGGAAACAGCUCGCCCCCAAAUGCGGGCCCGGCUCAUCCGCGCGCUCCCAGCAGAAACUGAUGGACCAGCUGUUCAUCCCGGGCCAGGGGCUGCAGCUGGGCCCCUCCCACGCCCCCUCUGCCGCCCCCCCCGUCCCCCUCCCGAAGGAACCGGCCGCCAACGGGACGCACGAGCCCCCCGUUAAAAGCGGAGACGCGGACGACUCGCCGGAGCCUCGCGUUAGCCCUCCGCUCAAAGACCGCCGGGCCGUCUCCCGGAGGGACAGCCAGUCGCGAGAGCGCUCGAGCAGGGACGCGGCGAGGCUGCCCGCGGCCGCCAGGGCGGGCUGCUUCGCCAGGAGCCAGCGGCUGAAGAGAGGAGGGAAGAGCGCGGCGAGCGCCAGCGUGUGCGCGGACCGGGACCGGGACCGGCCCGAACGCGGCCCGUUUGUGGGCCUGAGCGGCCUGGAGAUGCAGGUCCACUCCAGGGAGAUGAGCGGCCUGGGCCGCACCCAGCUCCAAAAGAGACCCUCCGCCCCCAGGCCCGUCCCGGCGCCCACCAGGGGGAGGGGCCUGGUCAUCCGGAUAGCGGAGGUCCUGUCCGGCAGUCCACAUGUGGAGGUCCAGGAGUAGACCAGCCUUUUAAACAAACAAGCGUUAUUAUGCAAAUUCACAAUGUCUCUAGUUUGGCCUUCUGAAUAUAUACUUAUGUUUGCUGUCUGUUUUAUUCAGAAUAAAUCUGAAAGGCAUCAAAAUAUUGCAAAUGAAAGAGACAAAUUUAUUGUGCAUGCAUUUUUUUAAAUACAUGUUCUUGUGAUGCCCUUGGUAUUGGUUGGCUGUCAGGUUUAUUAAAAAUGUUAUUGGAUUAUGGCAGUAAUAUCCUAACCUCCUGGUUAAAGAAAUAAAUAAUUGAAAAUAAAAAAUACAUCCUAAGUCCAGUGUGUACUGUGAUAAGACAAACCAAAGUGCUUUCAUGCAGUAAAAAGAACAGUAUCAGAAUAAAGCGUUUGCAACAUUG